AUGUCAUUUGCAGGGACAAGGACGGAGAUCACAGACGCUCUCAUGCAAUUCUUGAAGAACCGAAACCAAUCUCGUACACGGGGCAUGGGAAGAGCGUGCCGCGAUCUUGGCAUCCAGGUCCGACCAGAGAAUAACGACAAUUUCAACGAGUACAAAGACCUCCUACCUGCUCUGUUAAUGUCUUUGAAAAAGCAUCUUCCGCGUACCACCACCUUGUCGCUUUCCCUUGAUGGACUUUCAAAGGCGGAGGUGUCCUCUCUUCACCGAAUGGUGAAGGAGAAUCCCAGCUGGGAUAUUGUCAGAGUCCUAAUCUCGGACUUACGCCCACCAACCUUAUCCACCUUACUCAGACAUUCCCUGCGCAAUGUGCAGGUCAUCGAUGUUAUGCCUCGCAUCGUUAGUCAUGGAGUUGCCUCAAUCAAGGAGGGUUGCCCACAAGUUCGGCACUUGCGUGUUAACUUCAAGGUACCUAUCAAUGACUUUUUGAGGCAUCUCAGAGGAGGCGCUCGGGUCAAGAUCAACCAGCUAGAUCAUCUCCAACAGCUGGUCGUACAAGAGAAGGGGCCGGCGGACACGUUCCCCGUCGGCGGGAUCCCCCAGGCGACGGAUAUUCCGUUCCGCCUGUCCCUCAUCGCCGACCAGCUGGUGGGGAUGUCUAACCUCCGACGACUAAGUAUUGAAUUUCACCGCAGGAUUAUGACCUGGAUCCUCCCGAUGUGGCGACUGAACCCCGGAGACCAACUGCGAACGGAUCUCGAUGAUGGGCUGAUGAGAGCGAUAAUGGCGAUGGCGACAAGACUCCCGCAGGUGGAGGAGAUAUGCUUGGUAGAGCACAACAACAACGACGCCACCAUGGUUCAUCGUGGUGUUCGCGACUCUAACGGUGAGAUGGCCGUCACGAUCGAGGCUCCCGGGGACGAGAACGACUGGUACAAUUAA